AUGCCGCUUUCGGUGCCCACGGGAUAUGCGCGUGUCGGCCAGCUCAUGCGCCUUGCGGGUCGCCGUUUCUACAGCCAGUCAUUUCGCGCUCCAGCAGUGUCUGUGCUGUUCCAAGAUAUCGAGCCACCAGUAAUCAAUGGUGUUAGAAAGCCCAGAAAGCCAGGUGGCUAUCAAGAUUCUGGCGCUGAUAUUGCGUAUACGCUCCAGUCAAAGGGAUUGGGCGUAAUCACUCCAGCCAAUUCGCCAGAUGUUUAUAAAAAUGAGGAUUGGUGUUUCUCUGAUAGUGAGGAAGGCAUUUGCUCCGCCUUGGACAAAGGGGCGACACAUCUUUGGGCAAACACUAUCCUAUUCGAUUCGCACCCCUUAGAAAAGUCCGAAAAGCUGUCCCCACACGCAUCUGAUCUCUACGUCGUUGGCCAACCUCCGGCAAUGGUUCAGAAUUUCGAUGACAAGGCCUACCUAAAUGGCAAGCUAAGAGAGAUGGGUGGCUAUACUCUGCCCCGUUCGUGGCUUGUACAAGGCUUGUACAAUAUUGAUGAGGUCGUUGGAUCAAUUGACCGAUUUCCCGUUGUCGGAAAGCCAAUCCGUGGUCGCGGAAGCCACGGCGUCAAACUUUGUGAAAAUCCAGUGGAAUUAAAAGAGCACAUUCUCCAGUUGAUCGACGAGUCACCGGUCGUUAUGGUUGAGGAGUAUCUCGCAGGUGAAGAGGCCACUCUGACUAUUAUGCCUCCAUCACCCGGACGACCAGAAUAUUGGAGUAUGCUUCCAGUCUCGAGGUUUAACCACAUGGAUGGCAUCGCACCGUACAAUGGCGUAGUAGCUGUGGUGGCUAACUCCCGUGUUGUCACCGACAAGGACAUGGAAGAUCCUGCUUACCGCAAAAUCAUGGAUGAAGGAGUUAAGGUCGCAGCACUGAUUGGAGCUACUGCGCCCAUUCGGAUCGACGUGAGAAGAUUCCACGAAGCCUCCGAAUUCGCUCUAUUCGACAUUAAUAUGAAACCCAAUAUGACUGGCCCAGGGCGACCCGGACGAGAGGACCAAGCGAGCUUGACUGCAAUGGCAGCGUCUGCGAUGGGCUGGGACUACGGUACUCUUCUUCAGAAUAUUCUAGCCUGUGCUACACAGCUGAGUAAAUUCCGUGCAUAUCGUAGCCCUUUCUAG